CUACUUUUAAAUGUGAUUGAUACCGUAUUAUAAGUGUUAAAUACCGAUUGAUAAAGAAUCCUAGUGUUACGAUAUUUUCGUUUAUUUUUAGCAUACAAUUAAGUACUUUUAGUCGAUAUGUCUAAUUUACAGUUUCUUUAAAGUUGAAUUACACAUAAGUUUUUAGAAAUAUUUUAUCAUUAGAUCUCGAUGGAAAUGAAGUCGUUAUUGAACGUAUUAUCAAAGAACAAAAAUUUGAUUAUCUAUAUAUUCUUAAGUAAUAAGCAAAUGUUUUAGCAUAAAAACUUUAAGAAUGGUACCGCCUCCAGUGGUUACGGGAAUAUCUCCAAAGGAGGGACCACCUGGUACUCGAAUAACGAUUCGUGGUGAAUUUCUUGGCAUCAAAGCUCAAGAUCUUAUAGGCCUGAAAAUAUGUGGAUGUGAUUGUACAUUGUUAGCUGAGUGGAAAUCACCUAACAAAGUAAUUGCUAGAUCUGGAUCAUGUAAAGGUAGAGGUGAUAUAAUUGUGACAACCCUUAGUGGUGGUCAAGGUACUUCUACAGUUCAAUUUAGAGGAUAUCAUGAAACAAUUGGUCCUAUGAAAGAAUCUGCUGUUUGGGUAGAAGAAGCACCAGUACAAAGUUUUGCUUGGGGUAGAAGAGCAUUAUCACCAACAAAUUAUCAACAAGAAGAUCCUUUAGGCCUUAGUGUAGAAGGCAAUGUGAAAAAAUUUCCAGAGGAUGAACUAUUUGAGCUUUAUGGGGAUGCUAGUGGUGAAUUAACUAGUGAAAAAUUUCAUCCCGGUAUGUUUCUAUUACAACAUCAUCAUGCUACUUCCUUAGAUGAUCUUAAGGCAGGCUUAGCAUAUUUGCGACGUAAAGUAAAUUCUCAAAAAGAGGGUCAACUUUCAUUUUUGAAGGCAAAUGUUGGAUCAGUAAUGGAACAACUCGAUACAAUUAUCCUUUUAAAAGAUCAAUUUGAAAAUGAUCUAAAAAAUUAUGGCACAAAUCCUAUGGAACAACUUGAAACUGCAAUAAAAGAAUCUAUGAUAGAAGCCAAUAAAUUAUUUGACGAUAUUUUAGCUAGAAGGGAUAGAGCAGAUGCAACUCGUAAUGCACUAUCCGUGAUGCACAGAUACAAAUUUUUAUUUUGCAUGCCUAUUAAUGUAGAGAGAAAUAUAAAGAAUGGCAAUUAUGACCUUGUGAUUAAUGACUAUGCCAGAGUAAAAAAUUUAUUCAAAAAUACCGAAGUAGAAGUAUUCAAAAAAGUUUUACGAGAAAUUGAAUAUAGAAUAGAAACUCUAAGGGAGGUUUUAAGAAAAAAAUUAGAGGAAGUACCAUUCUCUUUAGAAGAUCAAAAAAAGAUUAUCAGAAAUCUUAUUAAUCUUGAGGCUGAAGGAGAUCCAGCAUGGGAUGGAAUAGUUUCCUAUGCUAAUCACUUAGAAAAAAGCAUAAAAACUUGUACAACAGAGUAUCUUGAAUCCGAAAGUAGAGAGGAUGAUCUAAAAAUAAGUUUAGCUAUAAAAUCAAAUGUAUCAACUCCAAUGUCUAUUAAACAGUUUAAAUUAACAAAAAAUGAAGAAAAUAAUACUCCAGUUAAAGUUCAGUGUAUUGAAGCUCUAUGUGACAUUGUUAUGGAACAAUUGCCUGAUCUUUGGAGAUUAGGUCAAAGUUAUUUUACAGGACAAUUGCAUGUUACUGUAGAUGCAAAAAAACAAAGACCAUUUAAAAAUUUAGUACUUUCAAGUAUUCAAAAUGCUGUAAAUGCUAUGAAAGCUUCUUGUGAUUCUAGUUUGGAGGCUUCAUGGUUUUUAUACAGUCUUAAACGUAUUAGACAGAUAUAUGCUUCACUUAUUCAUUUAGACUUACCUAGCGAUGCAUUAGAUAUUUUUGGAAAAUUUAUUUUUGAAUUAAGAUUACAAUGUUUAGUAGGCCUUUUUAAACAAACUGUAGAUAAAAUAUUAUUAUUAAAAUGUAAAGAAACAUGGGAAAUUGAAUAUUUAGAUGGAGAUGGAGGAAUUACUAAAAUGCCAUUAUAUUUUGAAGAAAUGGUCAUGGAAGUGUCCAAGCUGGCUCGUGAAACUGCAAUUAUUUGUGGACCAAGGGAAGCACCUCUAUUAGAAAAUCUAAAUCAUCAAACACUUUAUUACAAUGAAAUUAAAGCAACUUUUGCCGCAUUCGCUCGCUGCUUACAGCAGUUAGCUUUUAACUGUAAUGAAGAUAUAAUUGAUGACGAAUUUACAAUGGUUCCACAACUCACGAGUUCAUCCACUGUUUAUAAAAAUAAAGAUAUCAAACCACAUGGGCUGACAUGGGAACAACGCCUAUUAAUUUCAUUAAGUAACAUACGAUAUACUCUUAAAGUAUUGUUGCCACGAAUCGAAGAAAAUCUUAAAUUUCAAGGUUAUCCAGAUCUUUCAACCACUGUUGGUUAUAAUUCUGAUUGGACACAAUUGAAAACUUUAGAUACUGCAGUAUUGAAUGCCUAUUUAGAACGUCGUUGUGAUCCUUUAGUUGGAAUAAUAGAACCGAAUGUAUAUAUCGGAAAUUUAGAUUGGAAUUCGAAUCUUCAAAUUGUUCAUGUUAAACCAUAUGUUCAAGAAAUUUUAGCUAAUAUUAUAGCUGUUCAUGCUGAAGUUCGUCAUGUUUCUCCAUGUUUACUUGAACGAGUACUUUCACACAUAGUUGAAAGUGUUACUGAAGAAUUAGCACGCUUAAUAUUAUGUAUUAGUUAUCGAUUUAGUUCAUCUGGUAUUAUACAAGCUAGAACAGAUAUUUUACUAAUGAAAAAAGCAUUAGAAAAUUAUUGCUCACCACGAGCAGAAAAUUUCCUGGAUGAAGCUUUAAAAGCUAUACCACAACCAGUUACUAAAGAAGAUGCUCAAAAAAUUGAUAUGAUUUUAACUAAAGUUACAACAUUGAUGCAACUACAAUUAUCUUGUCUUAUGAAUAAUAUAGAUAAUGUUAAUACAACAUUAAAAAAAAUAGGCUAUAAUCAAUUAACAGCAUUAUAGUCUAUAGAGCUUAUUUAAUUUUUUCUAAUAAUUUUUCUUUUG